CGUGAAGGCAGCACGAUGACACCGGAAGCAAGAUGGCGUGUUGCGUUUUUCCUUGUGGGCCGUGAAGGCAGCACGAUGACACCGGAAGCAAGAUGGCGUGUUGCGGGAACUGUUUGGGCUGCAGGCGUUGCAGUGAAGAAGAAAGCCGCACGCCAGAGGAGCUGACAAUUCUUGGAGACAUCCAAGAUGAAGAAGAUGAGAUUCUGCCAAGGAAGGACUAUGAGAGCCUGGAUUACGACCGAUGUGUCAGUGAGCCCUACGUGGAGGUUCUGGAGGGAAUGGACAACAAGCAAGCCAAAAAGUAUGAAGCUCUACGAUGGAUGAUGGUGUUCUGGAUUGGAGCGUCUGUAGGAUUGGUUGGUUUGUUUGUGGAUUUCUUUGUACGCUUCUUCACCAAACUCAAGUUCUCCCUGGUUGGUUAUUCUGUGGAAGAGUGCAGUGAGAAAGGCUGCCUCCCUCUGUCUCUGCUGGAGCUCCUGGCUUUCAACAUGACCUUCGUGCUCAUUGCCAGCGUGCUGGUCCUCAUCCAGCCUGUAGCUGCUGGUUCCGGGAUUCCAGAGAUCAAAAGUUACUUAAACGGAGUGAAGAUUCCCGGGAUCGUCCGUUUACGAACCUUUUUCUGCAAAGCUGUCGGAGUUGUGUUCAGCGUCGCCGGAGGUCUUUUUGUGGGCAAAGAAGGUCCAAUGAUCCACAGUGGAGCCAUCUUGGGAGCCGGCCUUCCUCAGCUCCAAAGCAUCACUUUUAGGAGGAUCAAAUUCAACUUCCCCGUCUUCCGAAGUGACAGGGACAAGCGGGACUUUGUGUCGGCCGGUGCCGCCGCUGGGGUCGCUGCUGCCUUCGGUGCCCCCAUCGGGGGAACCCUCUUCAGCCUGGAGGAGGGUUCCUCUUUCUGGAACCAGGCCCUCACCUGGAAAGUGCUCUUUUGCUCAAUGUCGGCGACAUUCACCCUCAACUUUUUCCGCUCCGGUAUCAACUUUAAUAAGUGGGGCUCCUUCCAGCUUCCUGGCCUGCUCAACUUUGGAGAAUUCAAGUGUCUCGACGGAGAUAAAAAGUGCCACCUGUGGACAGCAGUGGACCUGGCCUUCUUUGUCCUGAUGGGGAUCGUGGGUGGCCUGCUGGGGGCGCUCUUCAACUGCAUGAACAAGAACCUUACCAAGUACCGCAUGAAACACAUCCACCCCAAGGCCAAGUUCAUUAGGCUGAUAGAGAGUCUGCUGGUUGCCAUGGUGACGUCACUGGUUGUAUUUGCUGCCUCCAUGUUGUUGGGGGAGUGCAGGGACUUGUACUCCCCCAACAGCCACAACACCACACUGUCUGCAGGCGACGACAUCAACUCAACCAUGCGACACUUCUUCUGCACCAACAAGACUUAUAACGACAUGGCCACGCUCUUCUUCAACCCGCAGGAAGCUGCCAUCCACCAGCUCUUUCACCAGGAUGGUACCUUCAGCCCCGUGACUCUGUCAGUGUUCUUCCUGCUCUACUUCCUGUUGGCGUGUUGGACCUACGGCGUGUCCGUACCCAGCGGUCUGUUUGUCCCUUCACUGCUCUGCGGGGCCGCGUUUGGACGCUUGGUUGCCAACAUCCUUAAAGUGAAGCUGGGCAUGGACAUCUACGCCGGGACCUUCGCCCUCAUCGGAGCGGCUGCGUUCCUGGGAGGAGUUGUCCGGAUGACCAUCAGUCUGACCGUCAUCCUCAUCGAGUCCACCAACGAGAUCACAUACGGACUCCCCAUCAUGAUCACCCUGAUGGUGGCCAAGUGGACUGGAGACGUGUUCAACAAGGGCAUCUAUGACAUCCACAUUGAGCUGAGAGGAGUGCCGCUGCUGGACUGGGAGACUGAGGUGGAGAUGGACAAGUUGACGGCCAGCGACAUCAUGGAGCCCAACCUGACCUACGUGUACCCGCACACCCGCGUCCAGUCCCUGGUCAGCAUCCUGCGGACCACCAUUUAUCACGCCUUCCCCGUGGUCACAGAGAAUCGCCAGAACGAGCGGGACUUCAUAAAGGGAAACAUCCUGGUCAGCAACAACAUCCACUUCAAGAAAUCCAGCAUCGUGUCCCGCGCCAGCGAGCAACGGCGCCGCUGCCAGUCCAUGAAGUCGUACCCCUCCAGCGAACUGAGGAACGUGUGCGACGAGCAGGCUGCUGUGGUAGAGCCGGCCGAGGAGAGAGAGGACCUCUUACAGCAGAUGUUGGACAGGAGGCACAUGCCAUACCCCAACCUGUACCCAGACCAGUCCCCCAGCGAGGAGUGGAGCAUGGAGGAGCGUUUCCGACCGCUCACCUUCCACGGCCUCAUCCUGCGCUCGCAGCUGGUCAACCUGCUCAUGAGAGGCGUCUGUUACGCUGAGAACCAGUCGAGUGCCAGCCAGCCCAGGUUGACGUACGCGGAGAUGACAGAAGAUUACCCUCGCUACCCCGACAUCCACGACUUGGACCUGACCCAGCUCAGCCCCCGCAUGAUCGUGGACGUGACUCCUUACAUGAACCCGUGUCCUUACACGGUGUCGCCCAGCACCCGCAUCUCGCAGGUCUUCAACCUGUUCAGAACCAUGGGCCUGCGACACUUACCUGUGGUCAACGCCGUGGGAGAAAUGGUGGGCAUCAUCACCAGACAUAACUUGACCCACGAGUUCCUCCUGGCCAAACUCCGACAACAUUCCAUCACCAUUUAAUGGGGUUAGUUUUCUUAAGUUCUUCAACGCUCUUUUCCCCACCAUUCCACUGGCCGAGACGGUCCAGGUACAGUCAUGGUAGCACGUAGACAUCUGUGAGCGUUGGACCUCAAAGUGAACGCUCUUGGCGGCUAAAUAGCAACACGUGCUAGCUUAGGGAUGGCUACUAAAUUGGCUACUUUUACAGGAGGCAACAAAGCCAACCUCUCUGGUGGAAAAGUGCUCGAAAGCAAGCCUCCAUGCACUAGCUCCAUGCUAAUUUGCAUUAGAUACGCCAUAUACAUGCUACUGAUUAGCAUUAGCAAUUUUACAUGGCGACGUCAACACCUCCGUAUUUGGUAACUCACAGUGUGUAUAAAGUUCGAUACUUACAGUAUAAAGACUUUUUAUGACGAGACUGGGACAUUUAAGGUGAUGGCAAAGACUACUUCCUGGCUGCAGCAACACGCUGAAAUGACACUCAGAAGUGUAAGUAAAUAUUAUGUGUGCAAAUAAAAAGCCAAGUCAACAUGUAGCCAUGCUUAGUACCGUUACACAAUUGUACUUUCAUAUUUGUGUCUUCUCAUUAGCACUGAUUAGUAUACUUUUUCUUUGUAUUUAAUGAUAUUGCUUUGUAUUAUUAAAGGUGUUGAAAUGAU